CCGAAAUGACUAUUCCCGCUGCGCGCAUUUCCCGAACACCACCACCAUCAGCGCUGGAAAGAUGAACAAGAGCUGCAUCAGAUGCGCCGAGUCCAAACUACGAUGUAAUCUCGACCAGCAUGGAUCGCCCUGUGCACGAUGCCGUCACAAGGGCUGGCACUGCGAGCGGGCAGAGCGCAAGAAGCGCGCCCGCCGAGCCACGCCCCGGCAGACCAGCUCAAUUCCAUCCCCACCACAGACGAGCAGCGAAGGUCGAUGGGAUACCAGUCUCGACGUGAGCCCAGCCAUCGAUCCGUCCAUCGACUGGCUUUCCCCCGGUCUGCUGUCGACCGACGACCUCGACUUUCUGAACCAGCUGGCCGACAUCGAAAGCUUCGAUACAUUCGGUGACAUGACAUCGUGGGACUGGACACCGCCAGAAACGCCGUUCCUGCUGGACAGUACCAGUACCACUGCACUCAGCGAACCACCACGACCCAUGACACAUACAAAUCAACCUCCAUUCCCCGGCACACUCUUCAACACGGGGCCCAUCAUCGCCCCCGACACCUUUCGCCUGCCCGCCGAUUUCGUCCUCGAGACCGAACCCGCCGCGGACGCCGGCCCGAUCCCCAUACAUCGACUCGAGACCUACGCGCGACUCUUCUUCGCGCACUUCCACCCCCUCUUCCCCCUCCUGCACAUCCCGACCUUCCGGCUCGCCUCGGCGCCCUUCCUCCUCAUCCGCACCAUCUGCUUCAUCGGCGCAGGCUUCGCCCACGACCCGGCAUCCGGCCCCGAAAGCAAACGCCUGUACAACGCGCUCCCGACCCUCUUCGCCAAAACCUGCCUGCGCUCGUCUGACAUCCCCAAAGCCGAGCCCAGCCUCGCCGAACUCCAAGCCCUAGUCCUCAGCCAAUGCGCCAGCACCGCCCUUGGCGGCAGCGCCGAGCGCGCCGCCGCACGGCUGCUGCACCCGCUGCUGGUCGCCGCGAUCCGGCAGCGGGGGCUGCUCAAGGUGCACGGGGAGUGCACGCUGGCCACCCGGAAGGCGCGCGCGUGGGAGACGUGGAUCGGCAAGGAGGCGCGCAAGCGCGUGCUGUGGGGCGUCUACGCCGUCGACUGCUACCAGGCGCUCCUGUGCGGGAGCAAGCCGCUGCUCUCGCCGCAGGAGACGCGGGCGUCGUUCCCGUGCGACGAGGCGAGCUGGGCGGCCUGGUCGGCGGCGGGGUGGGCGGCCCUCCCCGCGCAGGAUCCGUCGAGUUGCUUCCAGUCCUCCGUUAAAGGGUUGAUGGCGGGGCGGGAGGCGUCGACGGCCUCGCGGCUGACGGCGUGGGAUUUGAAUCUGUUGGUUCUGGCGAUGCAUUCGCUGCUGCUCGAGGCGCAGACUUCCAUCCUGCCGGUGGAUUUGUCGGCCAUGGAGCGCGCGCUGCAUGCGUGGAAGGCUUGUUGGGAUGGGCUUGCUGGAGAGGGUGUGGAGCGGCAGCAGCAGCCUGUAUCCCGUGCGGGGGGGCUGUUGAUCACCAAUAGCGUGACGCUGUACUACCUGGCUGUUUACCUUUUGAAGCACGGGCGACCGGAAUUGGAUGAGAGCGCGUAUUUGGGGAAGUCGACGAUUCCCGGGAAUCCUCUUAUCAAGAAAGAGGAGGUUUACCAGGAGACGAUGACGAAAUGGGUGCAGAGCAUGCUGGAGGAGCUCAAUCGGGGAGAGAUGAGCGGUGUGGACGGUUUCUGAGGGAUGUAAGCGUGGACGAAGAAUUGCUGAGUAUCCUAUAGUGUGGCAUGAUCGCGUUCGUUGAGGCCGGUUCUGAAAUCAAGGUCGCUUCAAUCUUCCAUGAGUAUGUGAUUUAUCGCACGAUCUGUUCAGCCCCUCGUCAUCCCAUGUUUCUAAUGUGUCCAUUCUCUCUGCUGUCCAGGAACAGCUAUAAAGCAUGACGACCUUCGCCUGGAAUUAAGACUUGAAAAGUCGAACUGGAAAACAAUUAGAGAAUAGCCAUAUCUUUAAUGUUCUUUGUCAUGGUCAUAAAGAAUGCC